AUGCUGGGAGUGUAUGAAGAUCUGCUGAAAAAGGGGACUUCCAUGGAAGAAGAGGCUGAGGAUGAGAUUGAAGACAUUCAACAGGAGAUUCAGGUACUCAGCCAAUGCGACUCUGCAUAUGUGACAAAGUAUUUUGGCAGCUACUUGAAGGGGUCGAAACUGUGGAUUAUCAUGGAGUAUCUUGGUGGUGGAUCGGCACUCGACCUCACUAAAAGCGGCAAAUUAGAUGAAUCACAGAUCGCCGUGAUAGUCCGUGAGAUACUGAAGGGCUUAGAGUAUCUGCACUCGGAAAAUAAGAUUCAUCGAGACAUCAAAGCGGCCAACGUGCUGCUUCACGAAUAUGACGGCGGGGUCAAGCUCGCCGAUUUCGGGGUGGCCACUCAUCUUUGGACAAUCAGCGGGAAAAAGGCGGAAACAUUUGUCGGCACCCCAUACUUCAUGGCUCCGGAAGUGAUCACGCAGUCGCGAUAUGACGAUAAGGCCGAUAUCUGGUCACUGGGGAUCACAGCGAUCGAACUUGCGAACGGUGAGCCACCUCACUCCGAUCUUCAUCCAAUGAGGGUGCUAUUCCUAAUUCCGAAAAAUCCGGCGCCCCAUCUGACCGGUUCGCAGUGGACAAAAGGUUUCAAGGAUUUUGUGGAAGCCUGUCUAAAUAAGGAUCCGGAUCAGAGGCCUGCCGCUAAAGAACUCCUGAAGCAUCCCUUUAUCCGCAAGGCCAAGAAAAAUUCAGUCCUGCUUGAGCUCAUCGAAAGGGCACAAGCGCACAGGGCCCGAAUCGGCACUUCUUCCGAUAGCGAUGCUGACGAUGAUAUGGAAAACGGAGGCACCCUUAACCCCUGGGACUAUCCGACCGUGCGCGACGAACGAAAGGCUCGCGACGACACGGUCAGGGUCAAAGGAGGAAGCGCGCUCGAAAGCCUCAAGCAGCAAAACGCGACCCCGGAAGGGACGAUUAGAAAUCGCGCGAUACCAAAUAAUAUUCCGUCGAUCAUCGCAACCAAGACUCAAAACGCGGCAACACCGAGUACGUCUGAAGCACAGGUGAUAGAACCCGUAUCAAUCCUCAAAAAGAAUUCACCGCCAUCGACGGUAUCUUCUGGCAGUAAUUCGCCAAGAAACACCGCAAUUAUCGAGAAAACUAGGACAUCGCCACCGCAGGAUGGAAAAAUUGGGCGGGCCAAGAAACAGGGCGCGUUGGAAAAUGGGAUUUUGCCCGCGCUGGAGAAGCUUUCAAAGGCGCGCGAUUCGACAGCGGAAAUUGAUGCCGUUGGUAACGCGUUGAUACAGGCGGAGCAGUCAUACCCGGGAAUUUGCGAGCAGUUGCUGAUCGAAUUGUUCACCGCGCUUGCAGGACCAACAGCUACAGCCGCCACCCUGGCUACGGCUUUAGAAAGGCUAAAAAGAUCAAGA